UUCACCAGUGUGUGUUUCACUAUGGCGAAGGCAUAAACAAACAGAGCGCGAUGGGUAGGAAAGCAGCAGUAACGAUGAACACAUCUCUCCGUUAGUGACUAAACACCCAGCAGUUAGUAAUAAUCCGGUGACCCGUGGUAGGUUUCAGCGACCGGUGGUGUUGCUGUUUGGUUAUUUGUGUGGUCGGGACUCGGAUGCUGUCAGCGCGAAUAGCGAUGAAAAGAGCGAAAAUAGUUUGCUUGAUCACAUUGAACACCUCAGUUGUAGCAGCCGGUGACACGGGCUAACCGUUACUGGACUCCGGAGCGUUCUUUCCGUUUUCUCAACGGUUUUCUCCGCUUAAAAAUGGAAAAAGGAGACGACUGUUAACCCGGAGACCACUAGCUUCUGAUAACAAACCCUUUUCUUCAUUCAUUCGGCUUUUGGGUUUUGUUUUUUUUUUUUUGGUCGUGUUUUUCCCAUUUAAGUCGAGUUAACCCGGGUCGUCAAAGAUGUUGACAGGAUCUAAAACCACGUUCAAAGUGAGGCAAAUGCUCCCAGAUAUCAAGGAGAGGAUGCUGAGUCAGAGUGGGGUGAACGCAAGGAGUCGAGAUGUGUUUGGGCUACGCUGCCUGCCAGGUGAGUGUGUACUUCAGAGAGCUGUCAUGGUGAGAAAGAAGCUGACUGCAAGGGAAGGAAGAGGUUGGCUGUCUGGGACCCUCUUCUGUACCCACUUCAGAGUGGCCUUUGUUCCCCAGGACGGCCCCAAACCUGAUGACAAUGCAGACCCAGUCCUUUUAGGUGAUCAUGAUGUGGCUUUGGCAUCUAUAGAGAAGGUUGUGGUUGUGGGCCCAAACAGAACCAAGCUGGUGUCCCCAAACUCAUCGCUCAAAUUCACUCCUGAGGAGCUGGUGCUUUACUGCAGAGACCUGCGAGUCAUCUGCUUCUUGUUUGACCGUCUCACUCCUGACGCACAAGUCUUAGAGAUAACGUACACCAUCGCCAAGACCUACCAGCCUCCUAAACCAGGGUCAGUUUUAUCUUUCCAGAACGCUGCCCUUGGGAGUGUAGAAAUGAAGCAGUUUCUAAGCAACCGUCGCCGAGACACCCACAUGAACUGGUUUGAGUCUGCCUCAGACUGGGAGCAGGAGCUGGAGAGGUGUGGGGCCAUGAGCUGGAGAGUCAGCUCAGUCAAUGACCGCUUCGAGAUGUCCUGCAGCCUGCCUCGGUUCAUUGUGGUUCCACAGAAGGUUUUAGACACUGAGCUGAAGAAAAGCUUCGCCCACUUCAAUGAAGGACGAAUCCCUCGCUGGUGUUGGCGACACCCCCGAGGCAGUGAUCUACUGCGAAUGGCCAGCUUCCAGAACAACAUCUACCACGAGAAAGACGACAUCAGGAAUUUGGAGAUGAUCCUGUUUGGCUGCCAGUCCUCUCUGUGUGUGGUGGUGGAGUUGGGCGAGGAGCUGCCCUCACCUGCCGACAUCCAGCUGGCACACAGCCGCCUGCGUGCCCUCUGUCUGGGAGAUAUCUCCACAUCUGUGUCAGUGCCCGAUGAUAAAUGGUUAUCUACUCUGGAAAGUACCCACUGGCUAGACUACACAAGGUCGUGUCUGAAGAAAGCCUCAGAGGUAGCCUGCCUGCUUCGCGGCGGUCACCUGACUGUGGCACUGCAAGAGGCAGACGACCGGGACAUGAGCUGUGUGGUUUCCAGCCUGGUGCAGGUGAUGUGUGACCCCCACUGUCGGACCCAGCAUGGCUUCCAGGGCCUGGUGCAGAAGGAGUGGGUGAUGUCCGGCCACCGCUUCUACAGCCGCAUCAACUAUCACCGUGACAAUGACAAGGAGGAGGCUCCAGUCUUCCUGCUCUUCCUGGACUGUGUUUGGCAGCUGCUGUCCCAGUAUCCCUCUCGCUUCCAGCUGACAGACGACUUCCUGUUGGCCUUGCACGACAGCAUCCACCUGCCACUCUUCUCCAGCUUCCUGGCCAACUGCCAGCGAGAGAGAUGCAAGCGCUCCCAGAACCUCGGGCAGUCCUACACACCAGUCAACGGCUGGAGAGACCUGCUUCAUCCGGAUUCUUCCUCCGACCCUUCUGACCCUCCUCUGCCCCCGGUGUGGGACUGGGCCCUGCAGUACAGCAAGCACAGACGAGACCGCUUCACCCAACCCAUCCCCCCGAUCCCUCCGCUCCAACCGCUGCUCAAUGGCAACCUCAACACCAACCCAGACUCGCACAGGCUGGCUGACACCAUUCCCGGCUCGGUCUUCCUCCUCUCUCGGGGAACCUUCUCCUGUCCUGCUAACCUGCUUCCCUGGCGCAGCAGCAGCAGUUCGGGCGUUUACAAGAAGAGCCACCGGAGGGCGGCGUCCUCCGAGAAUGUGCCAGGCUUAGAGAGGCUGCUGAAAGCUUGGGCCCUCACUGAGUUCCCCCAUGGCCUCACUUCCAUGUCUGGACCUCAAGGACCACUUGACCCCUAUGAGCCUUUACUCCCCAUCCUCAUGGGGCCCUGCAUGGGCCUGUGGAGGGAGUGUUACCUCCGCGGGGCGCUCCAUGCUCAGGCGUUCUCCCACCCCAUCUCUGCAAACCACCCCCACCCUGUGGAGCGGCUUGCCCGGGAGGUGCAGCAGCUCAAAGACAAGCUGGCGCAGGUGUCCUCAGGCACAGAUCCAGACCCGCCCACCAAGAUCGCGGAGCCGCGGCGCACCGACACCAACCUAAACCAAAACACCAACAACGGCACCUUCCUCUUCCCAGUGCCGAGGCCUCAGAGCGCGGUCACGCCCCGAGUGACACCCCUUCCUACCUCCUCCAACCACCAGACCUCCAGGGGACCUCCGCCCACGUCAGCUCCACCAUCCAGGCCCGGCCACAAAGACAAUGGCGGCGGCAACAAGCACACCUUCCUGUUUGGGCACUCCUCUGUUACAGAGGCCCGCCCUGACCAGCGCUAUUACCCUGCACCGAAUAACGCCAAGCUGCCUAAGAGCAACGGGUCGUCCAUACCCUCCUGAGGUCUGGUCCGCGUCGUAACUCCUUCUAUUAUGGCACGGACCCCUUGGGUACUAUAACCAGACAAGGCUGGCAUCAUGUACUGAGGAGACCCUGAUGUGUGUUUCCUGUCUCACUGUGUUUGAUUGACUAUAAGGUGAUUCAAAAAGUGAACAUUGAGCUGCAGUAAUAUGAAAUAAUCAGUGCAACAGCUCCUGACUCUGCUACUUAUCGUCAGUACUGUAUUAAAAAAUGUGACAACUGUUUUGUAUAUUUGUAAAGAAACUCAAAGUAUUCAGUAUUCCACUGAUGAGUAUAUAAAAGACAGAAAGAAUAAGGGCUGAAGGUGUUUCAUAACGUAAACCAACAAGAGCUUCAGAAGCACAUCUUGCAGUAUCUUACAGUGCAGCAGACACAUUUCUUGUCACCCCUCAAGGAGGAAAUGACGCUUGUAGUUUCCAUUUUUAGCUUCUUAUCCAGAACGGGUCACGAUGUCUGGGCAGGACGUAGAGGUGUGAUGAGGCGGUUCUUAAGGACACUUUGACAGGAGACAUGGCAGCGAACGUAUCAGCUCUUCACUGCGUCUGACCUGUGACCUUCAGGCGACGUGUCUGCAGAAGACUUUUUUUUUUAUUUUUUACAACUAGCCCUUUAAGUCUGUAUUAUGUAAUUCUAGCGUGCACAGAUGCACAUUAACUUAGUAGUAUUGUAUCUCGGCUUCAGAUAGAGAAGCAGAGCAUUGUAUGAGAAAUUAUCUGUUUUUGGAAAAGUGUCAUUUUUGAACUGCCGGCGCUGUGACCAGUGACUCAAAUGUGGAAUUUAGGGCAUGAGAGCUAUUUUGGUACUGCCCUCAUAUCUCUCCACUUGCAUGCAUGCUCGGGAGCGGGAGGCCUAUAUUCAGUUCAGAGCCUGUAUGUGUGGAUGUGGCUCCAGUCCUGCACGACUGACAUCAUUUCAGGGCUUUAGUGAUAUAAUCAUAUCUUUCUUUUAAGUAUUUCUGACCAUUAUGGGUCGAUUUUUGAUGUCAGACAUGUAGAUAAAGUGUGAUUUCUGGCCACAUUUAGUAUUACAUUAAGAAUAUCUCCAUCAUUUUUUGUGGUGGAACGAAAAACACAGACAUAAUUCUGCCUUUUGAUUGCCGUACCUUUUGAGAAGGUACCAGUGUUGGAAACAGAAAGGGAAACUCAUUUCUUCCUGUGUUUACUUUUUAUGUUCGGUCUUUUCGUCCUGCCUGGAGGUGUGUUAGUAUGCAGCCAGCAUUUGGGUCAAGGACUUGGAAGUGUCUGACUGUAUUUUAAAGCACAAAGGGAAUUAUAGGGUCCUGCGCCUUUAAAUCCAAACAGGUUGUCGUUCGCAUGAUGUGGGUGUCAAGUAGAUGCACUGGCGUCACUCCCACGGACGAGUGAAACAGCAGCGUUAUGUAUUUGACAAAGCAUGUUUUUCUUUAUUUUUUCCAGGCGGGUUAACAGUUGUCAGUCGAUGAGUGAUGCCGACCUUCUCUCAUGUCAAAUGGUACCUCACUUGAUAGCACUAUGAAUUAUUAACUUCUUGUAAAUAUUCAUCACAUCACUUCAUAUCCAGGCACAUUGAUAUCAGCUACAAUUUCAGAGCGUUCCAGGUGUGAUGCCAGUGCAUUUACUUCUCCUCCUGGGGAGUAAAUCACGACAUCAUCUUUGUCCUGUUGCAUGGGAAAUCUACGUAGACCCUCCGCGUCACCUGUUGGUCUGUAUCAAUGUGUAAUUUAAUGUUUUUGGUACGAACAUCGCUUUAAUUUGCCAGAUGUACAUAUUUUUUGUAUCCGCAUGUUUUGAUCCUGAUGAAUUAAAGUGUCAUCAACUCUCA